AAACCGGCUGGUGGUGGAGGUGAUAGCGGGUCCUGGGUCGAUGGCGCCACCGCAGAGAUGUCCUCUGUGUCGCCAAACUUUCUUCUGUGGUCGCGGACACGUCUACAGCCGCAAGCACCAGCGGCAGUUGAAGGGGGCUCUGGAGCGGCUUUUACCGCAGGUGGAAGCCGCCCGCAAGGCCGUCCGUGCCGCCCAGAUAGAGCGCUAUGUCCCCGAGCACGAUCGGUGCUGUUGGUGUCCUUGCUGUGGCCGCGAAGUGCGAAAACACCUGAGCCACGGAAACCUGACAGUGCUGCACGGGGGUCUGCUGGAACAUCUGGCCAGCCCAGAGCAUAAGAAAGCCACCAACAAAUUCUGGUGGGAGAACAAGGCCAACGCUCAGAUGAAAGAGAAGUUUCUGAUCUCCCCCCAGGAGUAUGCCCGGUUUAAGAAAUCCAUGCUGAAGGCCUUGGACUCCUAUGAGGAGAAAGAGGAUGCGGCAAUUAAAGAGAUGGCAGCUCAGAUCCGGGAAGUAGAGCAGAGUCGGCAGGAAGUGGUCCGAUCUGUCUUAGAGCCUCAGGCAGAGCCAGAUCCAGAAGAGGGCUCUUCGGCACCUGGAAACUGGAAAGCAACCAACGGCCUGGCUCCCCUGUCUUUCAGCCAUGUAGCCUCCAGCUCACAGCAGGUAUCCCACGUGGACCUGCAGCGUGUUCCAGAGCUUGACUGGAUGGAGACUGGACAGCAGCUAACAUUCAUUGGCCAUCAGGAUAUACCUGGCAUUGGUAACAUCCACUCAGGUGCCACACCUCCAUGGAUGAUCCAAGAGGAGGAACACAGCUCUGGAAACCUACCAAUAGGACCUUCCUAUGAAGAAUUCCUUAAAGAAAAAGAGAAACAAAAACUGAAGAAACUCCCCCCAGAACGAGUUGGGGCCAACUUUGACCACAAUUCCGAUACCAGUGCAGGCUGGCUGCCCUCUUUUGGCAGAGUCUGGAAUAAUGGACGCCGUUGGCAGUCCAGGCAUCAAUUCAAAACUGAAGCCGCAACGAGAAACAAGCAAUCACACAAGGGAAAAAGCUGAAGAGCCCUAGCCUGAUAAUCCUAUGACCUCAGAGCCAACAAACCCAUUCCAACUACUACUUCAAAAGCCAAAUCCUCUCCAGUUGUAUUUCUUAGGAAACAGAGCACCCAUUGAUUUGAUUUAAUAAAGCUUUAUUUUUCCAAAAGUACAGCUGAUUGAACCUGCAAAAGGAUAAAGAGAGA